AUGUUUGCUUUCAUCCUCACCCCUAUUGCUCUCGCUGUGGCUGCCAAUGCGCUGCCCGCCUUGUCAACAUGCCAGAAUCCCUGCAAUGUGCUCGGAGCGGGGUCAUCUUCCUCGUUGUCUUACAACUUCACCCUCGCUGCUCUCGAUGUGAAUAGCAUCGACAACUCUACCGGGACGGCACUUGCGCUCACGACGGGACCUCCUGGGACGAGCGGAGAGGCUAGCACAUGGUGGCUGUCAACUGGGUCGGGGAGCGAGUUCCCUACAUUCUCUUUGAGCAGUGGUAUACUUCGCCCGAACCCUGAUGCCGCUGAGUCUCAGUUGAUCACACAUGACAUGUCUGUGUUGUCCGGUGAGGCAGUAGAGUUCAUGGUGAUGCAAGCAUCGAGCAGAGUGACUAAUGCGGUGAACUAUUGUGCUGUGUCAGAUGCGGACAACAUUGCUACCAUUGCACUGAACGGGGAUGCGAACAGCUUCUCUCUUUGCGAAAUGACAGGUAGCGUGUACAUGCUGGUGUACAAGGUGUCGGUGACCAAUGACGGCUCUUACGAGUACGACACCUGUGUCCCGAAGCGAGUGCAAGCCAUCCAGCUCUAA